AUGGGAAGCGCCCGUGGCAAUGGAGUUGUCGUGGACAAGGGAGUUGACUUCGCGAACUACUUCUGCACCUAUGGCUUUCUCUACCACCAGAAGGAGAUGCUCUGCGACCGAGUCCGCAUGGACGCUUAUUACAACGCCAUUUUCGAAAAUAAACACCACUUCGAAGGAAAGGCUGUUCUAGAUGUUGGAACUGGGAGCGGCAUUCUGGCUAUUUGGUCUGCACAGGCAGGUGCACGCAAAGUUUAUGCAGUUGAGGCCACUAAGAUGGCAGAACAUGCUCGUGAACUUGUUAGAACAAACAAGCUAGACAGUGUUGUUGAAGUCAUAGAGGGAUCAAUGGAAGAUGUAACUCUCCCAGAAAAAGUGGAUGUAAUUAUUUCAGAAUGGAUGGGGUACUUUCUGUUACGCGAGUCGAUGCUGGACUCUGUAAUCUGUGCACGGGACCGCUGGUUGAAGCCAAAUGGUGUCAUGUAUCCAAGUCAUGCUCGGAUGUGGAUGGCACCAGUUAGAUCUGGUAUAGUAGAUCACAAGAUGAACGAUUAUGAAGAAGCCAUGAAGGAUUGGCAUAGUUUUGUUAACGAGACAAAAACUUAUUAUGGUGUGGACAUGAGUGUUUUGACUAAUCCAUUCAACCAAGAACAAAGAAAAUAUUAUUUACAGACAUCUAUAUGGAACAACCUUCAUCCGAAUCAGAUAAUAGGGACACCUGUGAUCAUUAAGGAAAUAGACUGCUCGACAACUAGUGUUGAUGAUAUACGCAGUGUUCGUGCAAGCAUUUCAUCAUCCAUCACACAAGAAAAUGCAAGAUUUUGUGGCUUUGCCGGAUGGUUUGAUGUCCAUUUUCGAGGUAGCAGUAAGAAUCCAGCUCAACGUGAAAUCGAGUUGACGACUGCCCCCGAUGAGUAUUUUGGUACACAUUGGGGCCAGCAGGUGUUCUUACUGCAUCCACCUCUGCAAGUUCAAAGUGGGGACAAUAUAACAUUCGAUUUUUCAAUGAGUCGCUCAAAAGAAAAUCACCGGUUAAUGGACGUUGACCUCAGCUAUGAGGUAAAACGGUCGUCUGGAAAAGUGCUUCCGCGGAUUCAGAAAAAGUUCUACAUAGAGUGA